AUAAUAAUUAAUUGUAAGCAAAUGAUGAGGAUAGCCACUAGUUUGUUGACAAACGGUGGUAACCUUUCAAGAAAAUACGCUACUACUGUAGCUGAUUACAAAAUUACUUGGGUACGACCAGAGAAAGUGUCGUAUUUGUCAUCUGAAAAAUCUGGUGAUCAAGGAUUAGAAAUUGAUGUUAAAUCAUCUGAUUUUGCCAAAAUAUACAAGGAGUUACCCGAAUUGAAAAAUGCCAGUGAUAUUGUUAAAAAGAUAUUUACGUUACAAUUUCUACCUCGCAAAGAAACAAUUAAUAUUAGAAGAGACAAAAUCUUGGAAUUGGUUCAAAGGCAUAGAUUAGAUCAAAAUUCACCAGAAGCUAUAAUUGCCAUUAUGACUAAUGACAUACAUCAGUUGCAAGAAUAUUUAACGAAAUAUCCCAAGAACACGAAAAUGAAAGUUAAAUUGCUAGAAACAAUUGCAAAACGAAGGAAAAUGCUCAAAUAUUUACGGCAAUGGGAUUAUAGACGUUUCGAAUGGAUCUUAGAGAAACUUAAUCUUGUUUACAAACCAUUACCCGAGUUACCUUAUCAGGUUACCAGAAAGGAUUCUUUAAGACGUUUAACGGAAAAGCAUUGUAACGAAUUUGUGCAAGAAAAAUUGGAUAUUUACAAAAAAGAAUUGAAAAAGUUACAAAAGGAUUUUUAUAUAGAAAAGGCAGAGAAGCUUGCAUUUAUCAGGGAGGAAGAAAUAGCAUGUGGAUUACAACCGUCAGUAAGCGAGGAGGAUAUUGCAUACACUAAGCAGAAAGCAAAAGAAUGUCAAACAUAA